AAAUCAAAGGCUAAGCCAAAUGGUAAGAAACCAGCCUCCGAAGAGAAGAAGUUGUACCUGGAGCCCGAGUACACCCGUGUCCGCGUCACAGACUUUGAAUUUAAGCAACUAGUGGCAUUACCGCAAGAGAUCGACCUCAACGAGUGGAUGGCCAGCAACAUUACCACUUUCUUUAACCACAUCAACCUUCAGUACAGCACCAUCUCAGAGUUCUGCACAGGGGAGACUUGCCAGACUAUGGCUGCCUGCAACACACAGUACUACUGGUAUGACGAGCGGGGGAAGAAGAUAAAAUGUACAGCCCCUCAGUAUAUUGACUUUGUUAUGAGUUCUGUACAGAAAUUGGUGACAGACGAGGAUGUCUUCCCCACCAAAUACGGCAGGGAAUUUCCAAGCUCUUUUGAUGUCUUGGUGAAAAAGAUCUGCAGAUACCUAUUUCAUGUUGUUGCCCACAUUUAUUCAGCUCAUUUCAAAGAGAUCGUCGCCAUGGAGCUACAUGGACAUUUAAACUCUCUGUUUAUUCAUUUCCUCCUGUUUGUGCGGGAGUUUAAUCUACUGGACCCCAAGGAGACCGCCAUCCUGGACGACCUGUCUGAAAUGCUCUUCUCGGAGGACAGCAGGGAGGCAGCAGGGGCCACAGGAGGGGCACAGAACCAUGUGAAGGAGAGAUGA